AUGAGUCCUGAACGCCUCAAGGACUUCGGGGCGGAGGAGUACCUGGACCACAGCAUCAUCACUGCCGUGGAAACCACGGAAACCAAGGAGGCACCGGAGCGGCACCAGUGUGGCAGUAAGACACCAGAGACUAAGAGGACGCCAAACUCCAUCAAGCCCAAGAAGAAAUGCGCCAGUGACAGUCCAUGCUCGUCCAUCACCACCACCCCUCCUCCCGAAUACCUCACCCUGGAAAACAUCAACAUGGCCGCCUUUCAGAUCCAGUCAGGGAUCCCAAAGACCCCGUGCACAUAUUCGAGGAUGUCCAAGCAGUGUGGGAUGGAGCUCUUCAUGAAGAAGGAACAUCUGAACUACACUGGAUCUGUGAAGGAGAGAGGAGCCCUUCACCUUCUCUUGUCCAUGACAUCAGAACAGCAAAAGAAAGGCGUAAUCGUGGCCACGGACUGCAACUUCUCCUUGGCCAUUGCUCACCACGCUUCAGAACUGCGCAUCCCAGCCUUCGUCAUCAUGCCGGCCAACAGCUCCCAGUCUCGGCUGCGCAUGUACCGCGAAUACAGCGCCAUGGUCAUCUCGUACGGCGGCACGGCACACGAGUCCAAAUGCCACGCGCAUUAUCUGGCCAAGGAGAACGGCUACCUGUGCCUUGAGGAAGAUGACUGUGCAGUGUACUUGGCGGGCCUGGGUACGGUUGGCAUGGAGAUCUAUGAGCAGGUGCCCAGGCUGGAUGCAGUCAUCAUACCUGCGGGUGGCAUAUGUGGUCUCCUAACGAGUGCAGCUGUGGCCAUCAAACACCUAAAUCCCAACAUAGCAGUCAUAGGAGUAGAACCAGAGGAGUUUCCGCUCCUGUUUCAGUCCCUCAAGACCGACUCACCAGUUCAGAAUCUCCAUGGUAACCACAACAAGAAGCUGUACAGGGAUCUGGUGCAUCAUUCCAUGGGGACUGACACGUUCCACCUUGCCAAGAAGUUUGUGAACAAAGUCGUCUCAGUGAGGGAGGACGAUGCGCUGGUGGCCAUGCUGCGGUUUCAGGAGUGCGAGCGAUCCAUACUGGACCUAGAGGGAGCGCUGGGGGUGGCGGCCGUCACAGCUGACCUGCUGCCUGAACUGAAAGGUAAAAGGGUUGCCAUAGUCACCAGCAGUUCCAACAUGGAGCUGGACCUCGUGAGGCACUGUGUGGACCGGGCUUUGAUCUUGGACAACCGGGUCUCUCGAUUUGCCGUGCACGUCACUGAUUGGCCAGGGGAAAUGGCCAAACUGUUAGAUAUGCUCGCCCGUGAAGACAUAAGGUUACUUGAUAUCUGCCACAGGAGGUACAAUGACAGAGCGGAUCUCGCCAAAACAAAGGUGGAGUGUGUAAUUGAAACCAGGGAUAAGACGCAAACCUCUCAGCUGAAACGAACACUCGCAGAGCGCUACCCUACACUUUCUUGGCUGGACCGAUGACCGAAAUACUACAGCCGCCGCUUGUCCAAAACACAUUCCUCAUCAUAGCAGAACACCUUGAAUGAAUGAAGCAGAAGCCACAAACAAGAGUUCUGGGUUACAACAUGUAUAUCACUUUGUACUUAUAAGUAGUUCACUGGGAUUCCCUUGUUUGAGAAUAAAAUCAGUUUGGUUGAGCAUACAAACAUUGCAUUUCACAAGGCUCAGAGGGGCCACACAGCUUUUCAUGAAUCCACUUACAAACUAUAAGAAAUGUGCUUGUCUUCAGAGCUCUUGCGUAAGACUGUGUGAUCGUGUGGACAUAACUUUUGAUUUGGGGGUUGGAGGGUUGCUGGUUCAAUUCCUGUACUGUAUGUGAAAUCAUAAUGUGGGUCAACUGGGGAGUGGAUGAAGAUGAGAAAAAGUCAAUUUCAAAGAUGACUUUUUCUCAUCUUCAUCUGGUUAUUUGUUUGUCCUGCACCCAGGUCAGACGUUUUUUUUGGGAUGUGCAGGCUUCAAACUACUCCUUCAAGAGGGGAGUGAACAGCGAGUGCUCCUUGCACCCUUACCACGGCUUAAGGUGCUGGUUACACAUUUCCAGAUAUUGUUAAAUGCGGAUAUUUUUUUAUUCAUUCAAGUGUAAACAUGGGAUGUGGAUAAAAAAUAAAAAUUCCAUUGUGACAGGUGUGUUUUAGCCGCCUAAAUGGAGUAUUUUUAAAACCAGAGUUUUGAAAUACGCGUUCUUAAACUCUGUUUAUGUGUAAAUGAGAAGCCAAAGCCAAAGCAUUUUCAAAAAUAUCACAUAUACUUGUAAACAGCUUCUAAGUGGCCUUGAAAAAGGUACACAGAGAUUGCAGAGUUAAUGGAACCAACUGGAAGAGUGUUGAAAUCUGACUAUAUUUGUGUUGAAUUAACUCAAAUAUAUUGUGUAUCUCGCCCCAUGGUGCUUCCUGGGUGACUUGUAAGGUUUUUUUCAAAUGACAGAACCAAACGCUCAAUUUACCUCUCUACCCUUUGGGUUAAGAUGUUACAUGACCACGGCCCUGCCGAGGCCUAAGGGUAGGGCACUGGGUUACUACACUCUCUAUACGGGGUCGAUUCUGGCCCGGAUCAUUUGCCGAUCCUUCCCUGUCUGUCUCUCCCCACUCAUUUCCUGUCUCUGCUCCAGUGUCCUGUCAAAUAUAAAGGCAUAAAAGCCCUAAAAUAUAUAUAUAUUUUAAAAAAAAGAUGACCACCAAUUGCGUCGCCCCUCAACACUCGCCAUUCCACCAGUGGAACGCUGUGAUAGCCACUGAAAAAAAACGUUAUUACCAUAGUGCUUCACUAUUAUGACAGCGCCUUUAGUAAUACAUUAUGACUAGGCCAUUGCCAUUCUUGUAACAGCUAGUACUUUAUAACAGCGGCCAUGUCGUACUGGGUAAAAUGUAUUUAUUUUGAAUGCAACAUAGUUUUCUGUCAUCAUUGCGUCUUGGACCUGUUGUGCUGAAAAGUCCUUUAGAAGAACCAUUAAACAUUAGAAACAUCUUCUUCAUGUUUAUGCGGUUUGGGGAAAUA